CACAAACAACCUCAUGUUCACAUUGCGACCGAGAUUAUUUGCCAAUCUAAAAGCAGCUUCACUUCCUAUUCACAGAGCCCCAAAAUACAGCAGUAGUCUGAUCAGCAUCUACCGAGCGCUAGCAACUAUGGCUACCGAUCCAAGCAAGUACAAGCUUAACCACUCGAUGAUCCGUAUCAAGGAUCCGAAGCGAAGCGUGCAAUUCUAUGAGUUCCUAGGCAUGAAAUUGAUCAACCAGAUCAAGAUGCCCGAGGCCAAGUUUGACCUAUACUUCCUUGCAUACGAUAGUCCAAAGGCAGUAUCGCACGGCAACCACUGGACUGAUCGUGAGGGCAUUGUCGAGCUUACCCACAACUACGGAACCGAAGACGACCCGGAUUACAAGAUCUCCAACGGUAACACCGAGCCGCACAAGGGUUUCGGACAUCUCUGUGUUUCUGUUGAUAACAUUCAGGCUGCAUGCCAGCGUCUCGAAGAUGCAGGUUACAAGUUUCAGAAGAAGCUGACCGACGGACGUAUGCGCCACAUUGCAUUCGUGCUGGACCCUGAUGGCUACUGGGUCGAGGUUAUUGGCCAGAAGCCAUUGGAGGAGACCGAGAGUGUCAAGGACACCGACACAAGCACAUACCGCAUGAACCACACCAUGAUCCGUGUCAAGGACAAGGACGUGUCACUCAAGUUUUACCAGGAUGUUUUGGGAAUGCAGCUCAAACGUACAUCAGAGUCUCCAAACUCUGGCUUCAACCUCUACUUCCUCGGCUACGGUGCCCCAGCAUCAGACGAGACCGCGAAUGGUGUUAACCCGACAGCGGAUCAUGAGGGAUUGCUAGAGUUGACGUGGAACUACGGCACCGAGAAGGAAGCCGACUUCAAGUACCACAAUGGCAACGACGAGCCCCAAGGCUUCGGUCAUAUCUGUAUCGCGGUCGACGAUCUGGAGGCAGCCUGUGCUCGCUUCGAGGAAAAGAAGGUCAACUGGAAGAAGAGGCUUACCGAUGGCCGUAUGAAGAGCAUUGCGUUUGUGCUCGACCCAGACAACUACUGGAUCGAGGUUGUGCAGAACGAGAAACUCAAGACACGUAGCAAUGUGUAAAGUGCGUCGGUAGUACCCGCGCAUGCGACAUACACCCCACAAGAAAAGCCUCCAAUCAAUGCAGAUCACGAUGAGACU